UGUGCUGCUAUCACUAUUCCGUUAUUGCAAUUUUUUUGUACUAAAAGCGCUCGCUCGCUCUGCCUGCAAUGGGGAUUUUCCCUCCCUGUCAUUCUUCAGAGAUGUUGGAGAAAUUUCUGGGAAGCGUGUGUGGGAAGACGCGGGAUGAGCCCAAGAUUCAGGAGAAGAAGAUUCAAGGCAGAGUCGUGUUGAUGAAGAAGAAUGUAAUGGACGCUGCCGAUGUCGGCGCUUCCGUUCUUGAUCGGCUUCACGAGAUUUUCGGCAGAGGCGUGUCGUUUCAGCUUAUCAGUGCUGAAAAGACUGAUCUUGCAAAUGGGAAAAGAGGGAAACUAGGAAAAGAAGCUUACUUGGAGGGUUGGGUAUCAAAGUUCACUUCACUGACUGCUGAAGCUGAGGCCACAUUCGACGUAUCAUUUAAAUGGGACGAAUCUCUGGGAGUUCCCGGUGCUUUCAUUGUCCGAAACCAUCAUCAUAGUCAGUUUUACCUUAAGACGGUAACGCUGGAAGAUGUUCCGGGACAUGGUCCAGUCCACUUUGUCUGCAAUUCUUGGGUCUAUCCUGCGCAUUGUUACAAGUAUGAUCGUGUCUUCUUCACAAACAAGGCGUACCUGCCGUCUGACACACCAGAGCCUCUCCGGGUUUAUAGAGAACAAGAGCUGAUAAAUCUUCAAGGAAACGGCUCUGGCAUGCUAAAGGAGUGGGACAGAGUGUAUGACUAUGCAUACUAUAACGACUUGGGGAGUCCUGAGAAAGGAAAAGAUUAUGCUCGUCCGGUGCUUGGUGGAUCGAAAGAUUAUCCAUAUCCUCGUCGAGGUAGAACAGGCCGCCGACCAAACAAAAAAGAUCUCAACACUGAGAGCCGACUGUUCCUUCUUAGUUUAAACACUUAUGUCCCUCGAGACGAAAAGUUCAACCAAGUCAAGUUUUCAGAUUUCAUCGGUUAUUCUCUUAAAUCUCUCGUUCAAGUAUUGAUCCCAGAGAUCAAAGCUGUGUUUGACAAGACUAUAAAUGAGUUUGACACCUUUGAAGAUGUGCUGAACCUGUAUGAAGGUGGAAUUAAGCUGCCUGAUGGCCACACACUACACAAAAUCAGGGAGUGUGUUCCGUGGGAGUUGAUCAAGGAACUUAUUCGUUCAGAUGGUGAACGUUUUCUUAAGUUCCCAAUGCCUGAUGUGAUCAAAGAGGACAGAACGGCUUGGAGAACAGAUGAGGAGUUUGGACGAGAAAUGCUAGCUGGAGUGAACCCUGUUGUCAUCCGACGACUCCAGGAGUUUCCACCAACUAGCAAGCUAGACCCUCAAGCUUAUGGCGACCAGAACAGUACCAUCACGAGGGAGCACAUCGAGAAAAACAUGAAUGGUCUUACUGUAGAUGAAGCGAUUGAGAACAAUAAGUUGUUCAUAUUAGAUCAUCAUGAUGCACUUAUGCCAUACCUCAGAAGGAUUAACACCACGACGACAAAAACCUAUGCCAGCCGAACUGUCCUUCUACUCCAAGAUGAUGGAACUUUGAAGCCACUGGCAAUAGAGUUGAGCUUGCCACACGAAGAUGGUGAUGAGCAAGGGGCUGUGAGCGAAGUAUUUACUCCGUGUGAUGAAGGAGUCGGAAGUUCAAUUUGGCAGCUUGCAAAAGCUUAUGCUGCAGUAAACGAUUCGGGCUAUCAUCAGCUCAUAAGCCACUGGUUGAACACACAUGCUGUGAUUGAGCCUUUCGUAAUUGCAUCGAACAGACAGCUGAGCGUGCUGCACCCGAUAUACAAACUUCUGAAACCUCAUUUCCGUGAUACAGUACACAUAAACGCCUUGGCCCGGCAGAUCCUCAUCAAUGCCGGCGGUGUACUCGAGAGAACUGUCUUCCCAGCAAGAUAUGCCAUGGAAAUGUCUUCUGCCAUUUACAAAAACUGGAACUUCACAGAGCAGGCACUUCCUCAAGAUCUGAUCAAAAGAGGAAUAGCAGUUCCUGACCCAACCCAGCCCCAAGGGCUUCGGCUCCUCAUUGAGGACUAUCCUUUCGCUGUUGAUGGCUUAGAAAUUUGGUCUGCAAUUGAACUCUGGGUCAAAGAAUACUACUCUUUCUAUUACCCCACAGAUGAAAAGAUCCAAGGAGACUCAGAACUACAGUCUUGGUGGACGGAGCUGCGUGAAGUUGGACACGGUGACCUAAGGGAUGAGCCGUGGUGGCCUAAUAUGCAGACACGAGCAGAACUCAUCCAUGCAUGCACAAUAAUUAUAUGGAUAGCGUCUGCGCUUCAUGCUGCCGUAAACUUCGGACAGUAUCCUUAUGCAGGAUAUCUCCCAAACCGCCCCACUGUCAGCCGACGUUUCAUGCCUAAACCGGGAACUCCCGAGUAUGCUGAGCUCGAGUCGAAUCCAGAUUCCGCCUUCCUCAAAACUAUAACAGCCCAAUUCCAAACUCUACUUGGUGUUUCUCUAAUAGAAAUACUCUCUAGGCACUCUACAGAUGAAAUUUAUCUUGGGCAGCAAGAGUCUCCCGACUGGACUGCAGAUGCUCACCCGCGAGAGGCGUUUGAACGAUUCAGUGCAGCAUUGGUGGAAAUUGAAUCAAGGAUCACAGACAGAAACAAAGACGGGAGAUUGAGGAACCGGUCGGGGCCGGUUAAGAUGCCGUAUAUGUUGUUGUAUCCGAAUACAUCGGACAACAGUAAAGAGGGAGGACUCACUGGAAAGGGAAUUCCAAACAGCAUAUCGAUUUGAAACUUGUUGGAGUGCAAAGCCAUUAGGAAAAAAUUCUUGGAGGGUAGUAGAAAGAUUUGUGGAGUGAAUCUCUGUGUUCUUGAACUAGUAGAUGAUGUGCUGAGUUUGAUAUUCUUCACCAUUUAUUAUAUAAUAAGAAAAGUGUUCUUUUCA